AAAAAAAAUACGUACAACAUUGACAGUCAAAAGCAAUUCUUACGUCAUCAUGUUUGUAUUCACAAUCCAACGGACGAGAUCUUAAGUUUUGAUCCAACGGUCUUAAACUGAAAAAAAUUGCACGAAAUAAGAAAGGUCUGUGCUUUCUUCCUCCCUCCCAUUUCAAGUAAAGAAGCUCAAAGACUCUGCCUUUCUUCUCUUCUUCUCUUCUCUCUCACUCAGUAAUAGCUAAAAGGAAGCUCUUUUCUCUCAUCAGACCUUAUCUCUUCUUCUCUUCUUCUCUUCUUCCUUGGCCACAGUCUUUAAAGUUUCCACAUUUUUUUAGUUUCAACCAGAGAACAACGCAAGUAAUCUACAUCACCAUGGAAACAGUGCCUUUCCCCACCGAAGAUCCUGAUGUUCAGUGGGAUGAGGAAUUAGUGGAAGGGUUCUUGAGUCAGGUCACAGAGACAGCUACUGGGAUACUAGAUCUCUCGAAUCAGGUGAAAGAACUCAAGGAGAUGAUGGAGGAAUCUGUGAGGAAACAAACCCUGGAGGUGCAGGAGAAAGAAAAGGAUUCUGAUUUUAAACAGUCUUUGGAAGCACAGUUGUUGAUACUGGUUAUGGGGAUGCAGACCAAGGAAGUGGUUGCUGAGCUUAAGGAGCAGCAGAGACUGAGCAAGGACUCGUUGGAUAACAAACACGAGGAGAUGAAGAGAGAGGUUCGAGUCAGGACGGAGAGACUUGAAGAGAGGGAGAUGGUGCUUAGCUUGCUUGAUGAGAAUGUUCAAGAGAGAUGUAAUGAGAUGGAGAAGAGGGAAGUGGAGUUUCAACUCAAGGCCAAAGAUGUUGAAGUGAAGAGGGAGGAGGUUGAGCUCAAGGAGAAGAAAGUUGAAGAGAUAAUGAGUGAGCUUGAAGCAAGGGAGAAGGAACGAAGCUUGCUUGAUGAAACCAUAAAGGAGAAGUCUAAUGAGCUGGAGAAGAGGGAGGAGCAGUUUAAACUGAUACAAGACUCAGACGCCAAAGAGAUUGGAGUCAAGAUGAGGUCUCUUGAGCUCAAGGAGAAGGAGCUUGAAGAAAGAGAGGAAGAGCUUGACAGGAAGGAGAAAGAGUUUGAGGGGAGAUCAAAACAAACUGAGAAUAGGAAGAGAUGGAGGGAUGAAUCCGAGUCAUCAUUGUUUGAUGUGAACGAUGGAGAUGAAGUUCCUCCUCUCAUUCACACUGCAAAAAGGCACAAACCCACUAGAGAACACAGCAACAACGAUCUUGCAUCUGCAAGUGAAGCAAAUGGAAGAGAGGUUUAUGAAGAAGUUGAAUGCAUAGAGGAUGGAAAAGAUGAGGAUCCUGAGCCAUACAACUGCCUUGACGCAGACUUCAACAAUUUCAACAACACAAUGAGCUCUUUCUCCGUGGGUCAAGUAUGGGCUCUCUAUGAUCCUUUAGACCACAUGCCUCGAUUCUACGCUCUGAUCAGAAAGAUUCUGGAGCUUCAGCUGAGAGUGGAAGUGACAUGGCUUGAACCUAUACAAUCAUCAGAAAGCCAGAAGAAACCAGUUCCCAUCGCUUGUGGGGAAUUCAAAUAUGGAGACAAAAUCACAAAAAGCCACUUGGUGUUCUCUCAUCUGAUGCUGGAUCAUCACAUCAGAACAAGAGUCAAGAAGAAGAAGAGCAUCACCAUAAACCCGAGGAAAGGUGAGACAUGGGCUCUCUUCAGAGAUUGGAACAGUGACAAGCAGCAAAAGCGUCCGUAUAGCUACGACUUCGUCAAAGUUGUGUCUGAGUUGGACAGUGUUCAUGGCAUCGGAGUGGCUUACCUAGGGAGAGUGGAAGGGUUCACAUCAGUGUACUACUUCGCCGAGAAGGAUAAAGUUCUCCAAAAGAUGAUACCAUGCGAUGAGAUGCUUAGUUUCUCGCAUAGAGUCCCGUCUUUCAGGUUGAAUGGAGAUGAGAAGGAUGGUAUCCCAGGUGGCUCUUUUGAGCUAGAUCCCGCUGCUAUUCCUAGGGAUUAUCUUGAAGGUUUGAAGGUUAAAGAAGAGGAGGAGGAGGGCAUAGGCCGUAGUCUCGUAGUCUUGGUUUGAGUU